AUUAAUAUACUAUGAUAAUAUUUUAAUAUUUUUGUGUAGAAGAAAUUUAACUUUUAACUUUUAAGCAGUUUAUUUCUGUUUGGUGAUUUGAGUUAACAAGUAUUACUUAGCAGUUAUAAUAAUUGAAAAUAGAUUUUUAGAUUUAAACUCUAGUGUUCUGGUAUCCAUUAGUAAAUCUUUAAAUUGAUUAUUAUUUAUUAAGAAUAUUAUUAUUUCAGUCAUAGAAUAGGUACUUUAAAAAUUGAUUAUUACAAUGAUUAAUCAUUAUUGAUCAACAAAGUUUUUUGGGAAAAUUAUUAAGCUGUUAAAUAGAUUUGUAAUGGCUGAGAAAGCAGCUCAUCAUACAACAACUAUUAUAAAUCGUCCAUCAAUUUUUGAAGUAAUCGCUCAAGAAAAUCUAUCUUCAACAAUUUAUCCAGCAUUAAAAAAAAUUGUUCAUUAUAUUACUAAUAAAAAUCCUGGGCAAUUAGAAUGGCUAAACAAAUAUUUCGAUGAAGUUUUCCUAGCACUAAAUACUUUAUGUCAGUAUCAAUAUUUGAAGAAAUAUGGAGGAACAUUCUCUGAAAACUUUUAUGAUUUAACCAGAGUUUCUAGUAUAACCAAUUCUAAACCUGACAAUAAUCAGUUGUAUUUGGGCUUAGCUUUAGUGGCUUGUGUACCUUAUCUACGAAACAAAUGUGAUAUUUAUAUUGAUAAAUUACAAAUGAAGUAUAAACUGCAACUGAAGCAUAAAGUAUUCAUAACAUUAAAUAAAAUUGUUCAUACAUGUUGGGAAGCAUUACGUUUAACAUACUAUAUAAAAUAUAUCAAUGGGUCCAGUCAAUCACAUUCUCCUUUAUUAACUAUGGCAGGAUUGGCAUUAACUUAUAAGAAUAUUGAAUCUUCAAAUAAUGAAUCGUUUGCUCAAUUAAGUAUCAAAGAAUCUAUUAAAAAUUAUGUAUUGUAUGGAUUAUCUCAUUCCUUGGAGUUAGGUGCAUUUUUUAUGCAGUUUUUGAAUUGGUGGCACUCUGAAAAUUUACAAUCAAAAUUUAUUGCCUACCCAAUACCUAAUCCUCCAAAGAAAAAUGAUACAUAUAUUUCCGUCAAAACCACUAAUAAGUGUCCUAUAUGUGAAAAUGAAAGAAAAAUGCCGACCGCACUUACUGUAUCAGGGUUUGUAUACUGUUACAAGUGCUUACACAAACAUCUUGUGGGAGUAAAUUCUACAUGUCCAGUCACUAAAUUACCAGCAUCAAUGCAGGAUAUGAUAAGAAUUUACACUGAUAAUUAAACAUUGCAUUAAAACUCUAUGCAAAUGAGUAGGCGUCAAACUAUUUUAUGUAUUUUCAUACCAAAUUAUUCAAACCUAAACCAACCUAAACUUAGUGUUGGAUGGUACAUAAUGUAAGUGACAUAUUGCUGUACUAGUAAUUUCAUUAUAUUAUAUUCAAAUUUAAAUUUACUUUUAAAAAGUAAUUUCUAGUGUGUCUUGGUCUUUCUAGGUUUCUAAUGUGUUAUUUUUUCACCUUAUUAAAGUAAGUUAUGAAUGUAUGACAAAACCAUGGGACUAGGAUGUUUAAGAAAAAUUUAUAAUCGAUUAAUCAAUUAGUUAUAUUAAGAAUAAUAUUAUUUAAGAUCCUAAUAAUUAUACUUAUACAUUUUGUUCACACAUAAUAUUAAGUCAUUAACAAUGUACCUACAUCACAAUAUAGUACAUAUACUACUGUACUGGCUUCACCACCAUCCACUGUGGAGCUCUUAUACUGAAUUAAUCUCUCUACACCAGCGGUCGCCAACCGGUGGUCCGCAGAAAAAUAGCUAAAAAUCAUCUAGAAUUAAGUAAAGCUCUACUACUUGUAGUGACUACAUUGGAGCCAAAAAUAGCACAAAAUAAAUAAAAAUAAAACAUUUUUUUAUUAUUUUAGGUAUGUAUUUAUUUUAUAUUAAUUUGUUGUAGAAUUUAUUAGUAGUGGAACGGUAUUUAUGUAAAAAGCUAUGCGUGUUCCGUAGAAUUUAGAAUAUAGUUUAAGUGGUCUACAAGGUCCAAAAGGUUGGUGAUCGCUGCUCUACUCCGCAAAUUAAUUUAUACAUAAACUGUGGAAGCUGGAUUUGAAUAAUCCCUUAAAAACAUCUCAACCUUGUUUUCAACCUCUAACAAUCAGUCCCUAACCUACUACCAUAUCCCUAGAUCUAUAAACUCAUAAUAGAUCUAUUACCACACCACUCAUUCAAAUUGGAACUUAAUAAUAGCUUGUAUUGUUCCCUAUUCAACUGUGGUGGGGCACAGUUUUAAUAUUCGUUUCUCAAUUGUCCAUCACUAUCCAGCCAUAAAUUUCAAUUAAAGACCAUUUUUUCCACUUUUGGUGUCAAUUUCUCUCUUAUUAAUGCUCUUUCAGCCAGUAAAAUAAUUAUAAUAACUAAACAUAUCCUUAACUUAAUACUACAGACAGGUCUAAAAAUAUAGUGUGAGCUUUACCUGCUUU